AUGCGUCUCUUGCAUACGACAACUUGCGAGCUACAGGAGUUCCCAUACGACAAGCUUCCGGAAUACGCAAUCCUCUCGCAUCGUUGGGAAAAUGUCGAGGUCACCUUCGCAGAUCUCCAGGAGCGGAAACGACUUGUGGCACAUGGAGAGUGGCUCCUAUCGACCACAAACAAGGAGAAGGCGUGGGCCAAGGUCUAUAACGCAUGCAAGUUUGCGAGGGAGAAUGACUUCGACUGGUUGUGGCUGGAUAUGUGCUGCAUCGACAAGACGAGUAGCGCCGAGCUUCAAGAGGCCAUCAACUCGAUGUUCGCCUGGUACCGCGACGCAACGCUCUGCGUCGCCUAUCUCAACGAUGUUCCAAACUUGGCGACAGAGGAUCCAAAACUCGAAGGAUCGCAAUUGCGAAAGAGCGUCUGGUUCACCCGCGGAUGGACACUGCAGGAGCUCAUCGCGCCCAAUGCCUCCAUAGAAUUCCUCUCCAAGGACUGGACAUACCUCGGCUGCAGGGACGGUCUCGCGGAAGUCAUCGCGGAGAUCACGAACGUCGACGUCAGCCUUCUCUCGGUGCAGACUGACGACAGUCAGGAAAGACUCGACUUUUCCCGGUGGAGUGUCGCGACGCGCAUGUCGUGGGCCGCGAAUCGGACGACAAGCAGGCCUGAGGACCAGGCGUACUCUUUGGCCGGAUUCUUCGACGUCAGCAUGUCUAUAUCCUACGGCGAG